CGUUUGAGGCGCCGCGCCCCGCGCGCGCUCCCUGGCGGAACCUUUCAGCGAUGCGCUCGCGUUGCCAGCCCGGCGCGCCUCACGCAGACGCGCCGGUUCUUGGGGCUACUUCCGGCAGCCCCGCCCCGCCCAGCCCCCGGGCGUCUCCAUUUUGGUCUCGAGUGUAAAUACUCCCAGAACCAGCCCAAGAGAGGAGCCGAGUUAUAGCUACCACGGCCGCCGAGUCAGCUCACUGCACCACCCCUGCCCCCUUCUUUCCUCCAGACGCCGAAGUCGCGGGCGAUCAUGGCGGGCCUGGAGGUACUGUACGAAACGGCUGCGCCGGCCAUCACCUGCAAGCAGGACGCGCUCAUCUGCUUCUUGCAUUGGGAAGUGGUGACACACGGCUACUACGGCUUAGGUGUCGGUGACCAGCCGGGUCCCAAUGAUAAGAAGUCAGAACUGCUGCCAGCUGGAUGGAACAACAAUAAGGACCUGUAUGUUCUCCGGUAUGAGUCUAAGGAUGGGUCCAGGAAGCUCCUUGUGAAAGCUGUCACCGUGGAGAGCAGCAUGAUCCUCAAUGUGCUGGAAUAUGGCUCACAGCAAGUGGCAGACUUGACCCUGAAGUUGGAUGAUUAUAUCGAUGCAGAACACCUAGGUGACUUCCACAGGACCUACAAGAACAGUGAGGAGCUUCGGUCUCGUAUUGUGUCUGGAAUCAUCACACCUAUCCAUGAGCAGUGGGAGAAGGCUAGUGUAAGCAGUCCCCACCGAGAGUUCCCCCCUGCUACCGCCAGAGAGGUGGACCCACUCCGGAUUCCUCCACAUCACCCACACACCAGCCGGCAGCCUCCCUGGUGUGAUCCCCUGGGCCCAUUUGCUGUCGGGGGAGAAGACUUAGACCCUUUUGGGCGUCGGAGAGGUGGCAUGAUUGUGGAUCCCCUGAGAUCUGGCUUCCCAAGAGCACUUAUUGACCCAUCGUCAGGCCUCCCGAACCGGCUUCCUCCAGGCGCUGUGCCCCCAGGAGCUCGCUUUGACCCCUUUGGACCCAUUGGGACCAGCCCAUCUGGACCUAACCCAGACCAUCUCCCCCCGCCGGGCUUCGAUGACAUGUACCUGUGAAGGCCUCAAGAAUGUAACAUCCCAGGCUUCCCUCCACUCUCCUGGAGCUGCCACUGCUGUCCCCAUCAGCAACUGUGUUUUUGCGGGCUGAGGGCAAGGGAUUCUGCCCAUGUGUUUGCAAGCCAGCUGGGAUAGCCUCCCCACCCCUUAUCAGAGCCAAGGCACCAGCUGCACCUCUCCACCUGGCUGCAGAUAGGUCCCAAAGAGAAAUCAGUGUGUGUCUUUCACCACCAGCUCCUCCCCUUUGACCACCAGCUCCUCCCCACUUCCCAAGGGAGACUCCGGCAACCUCCAGCGACAUAUAUCCUUGACCAGAUGCAGUCCCAGUUGCAGCGCUAUAAGAACAGAACGCAUUUUGGAUGUUAUUAUUAAGAACCAAAUGUCAAUACAGAAUUCAUGUUGCCGGUUUCCCACUUUUCUUUUUACAUUAACGCAUAGCUCCUUCCAUUUAUAAGACUUUAGAGUCUGAGUUUCUGUGGGGCUGAAUGACCCCUUUUCCUACCCUUUGCCUAUUCUUGCUUAAUUCAGGCGCCUUCCUUUCAUUAAUUGCCAUUGCUCCUGACAUCACUAAGAUGGGUCCCCAUCUGGCUGCAUGGAUGGAAAUGAGUGACUGGAAAUCCCAUAGGCCACAAGAAUGACUUUCACAAGGGCAGGAACAUUGUGGAAAGACUGAAUCAUUCUGAUGAGGCAAAAUCCUCCAGCUAUUCCUGUCUGGGCCAGUUUUGUAGGUCCAUCUGUGCAUGGGCAGCAGUAGUCAAAAAGCUGAGGAAUAAACAGGACAGACCUGAAGGCUAAUCUUAUUUUUGCCACUAACUUAAUGAAUGACCCUAAGCGAGUCCCUUCUCCUCUUGGGCCUUGUGCCAAGCCUAUGAAAUUAGAGGUGGCUUUCCUUCUCUAAAGCAUUUUGAUGUCUCAUUCUGUGUUUGGUAACCGUAGAAACUGGGGCAGAGGCAAAGAAUGACAGUUCAAGGAGGUACUUGCCUUGAACCUUGUAUAGUUCUUGCCUAACUCUGGUUUUUGGACCCUGUGGGGCCCAGACAGAGCUGCCUUGAACCUUGUAUAGUUCUUGCCUAACUCUGUGUUUUUUGGACCCCACGGGGGCCAGACAGAGCACAGGAGCAUGGGCUACAUCUGAGUGUGGUGUUGAACUUCGGGAGGAGCAGGGAGCCCUGUGCCUUGUGACCCGGCCCACCUGACCUUUGGUGUUCUCCGGAUCCUUUUCAGCCCGAGGCCCGACAGACGAGGGCAGUGAUGAGCCCUGUUCUGGAAUGGAAAGAGCACGAUAGAGCACCAGGCUAAGAGGCACAAGAUCAAGGUGGUAGUCACUUCCGCUCUGCAGCUAGCAUUUCAACCAUAUGUGGGUCCUUUCACUUCUCAGCUCCUUGGAUUCCUUUCCCUAAAUUAGGACCUAUUACUUAUCUGUAGGUAAGCAGGCUACUGUACCUUUUCUGAGGUAUCUGCUAGGCUGUUUUCUGUAGCCUAAGAUUGCCUUUCUGUUUAGCAUGAGAACAGAUAGACGAAAACUAAACUGAUGCCUAGGCCCAGGGUCAGUCUCAGGUGGAAACUGGGCCUGGGUGGGAGGCUAGCAUGAGCAGCUCCCUGGGUAUUUCUGUCAGUCCUCGUGGCAAGCAGUGAUUUAGUAAAAGAUCCCAGAGGCAGGGAAGCCAACCACCUUGAAACCUUUAGAACAUCUGUGCUUUGGAGAGAGACCCAGAGAUCAAGCGGAGGUGCAGAUUCAAUCAUUACUUAUAACCUUCUUUGAGGGCUGACAAAUGGGAGGGAUGUUAGUUUUUGUUUUGGAAUUGGACCAUACUUGCAAUCAAAAGGACUUAGGGCAGUUUGCUCAUAAAAAUAUCAUUUAUUAUAAAAAGAAGUAUUUAAAGGAACAUCAGACUAGAGACCAUCAGACAGAAGCAGGGAAGGUAGAUAACUUUUAGAUCCUUGAUGUGAGGAAAAGAUAAAAUUUAAACAAUAAAUUUGCCACUUAGACUUUUUAGUAGCAAAGGUCAAAAAGAUAGUCAUAUACAAAAUUCUGUUUUCUGAAAACAGAAAAUUGUGAUUCACCUGCAGAAUCAGCCAUUUUUUUGUGUGAGUUUCCUUGCAUCAAGGACACUGAGAAACGCAGUUAUUGUCUUAGGUGUUCUAUGGGAGGAAGUGAAUGGAGCCUUUAGGAACUUCCUGGUCAAGCUGAUGGUGCUUAGUUUGGCCUGAGCCACUUCCCUCCUUCCAGUCAUGAGUAGUCAUCAAGCAGCAAAGUGGAAUGUUCAGGUGUAUAUUUUGUAGAACCCAAAAGAUUGGAGCCUUAACAAUAAACAUCAGUACUAAGUGA